AUGAGCCCGGAGCUGGCAGUUAAGCAUGUGUUUAACUAUGCCACUCGCCAGUGGAGCAGCGUGAAGGUGUACAUCAAUCUGGGCGAAACACCUUUUAGCAAAGGAAGUCUGCGGAUUGUAUACCACUUACAAGACCUGAGCGCGGAGGGCUCGGCUAGCUUGUCCAAUAAUGGCUGCUACACAGGCAGCUAUGUGGCAAAACUCGCUAUUGACCCAGAUGAAGACCCACAGACAUACUUCAAGGAUAUAGAGCUGCAGGCCCACUGCGCACACUAUGCUCAAGUGUACAACUCAUACACACCGCCAAAACGUGUUGGGUUUAUCCCUGCAUGGGUGUUAGAGCUCCCCGAACGAGAUGGUGCACUUUGCGCUGUGGAGGCCUACAUCCCAGGCGAGUACCGCAAACACAACAACAACUUUGGUUCCGUAAGCGAUGACGAGCGUAACACACCACAGGCCUUUUCGCACUUCACAUACGAGGCCUCAAAUCAUGAGUUGCUCGCCGUGGACAUUCAAGGCGUAGGUGAUUUAUAUACAGACCCGCAAAUCCAUACACUCAACGGACACGACUUUGGCAAAGGCAAUCUUGGAGUGUUAGGCUUCCAGAAAUUCCUCUCAUCGCAUCGAUGCAACUCCAUUUGUCGCUAUCUUAAGCUUCCACCUGUGAAUCCAAAGGCUCGUCACGCUGACUCCGGCACUCUACCCGUACAGGAACUGAUGAAUCGCGACCGCGUACGGCCAACGCAUUUUGACUCGCGACACUACUACGAGAACGCGCCUAUGCUACAGAAGUACGUGAUGCAGUGCCGUGAAGUGGAUAGCCACGUAUCCUCCGCAUCGUCUUCCACUUGCUCCAUGCAAUCUCGCAAACACCGCAGUUGCUACGCAUCUGGCUUCGCUCUCUUCUGUAAAGCACUAUUUUGUGGAGGCUUGUAA